AUGAACCUCACCACGCGGAGCAAGUGGCGCCGCACCAAGCACGAGCGCACCCCGACCAGCGACGCCAGCGCCGCGAGCGGCGCGGCGGGCAGCGGCAGCGGCAGCGCCGGCGACGCGGGCGGCGGCGCGAACGAUGCGUCGGGGACGCUGUCUGGGGCGGGCCUUAGCGGGGCUGGCGCGAUCAGCGUUAUACUGGAGGAGCUCCCGCCCAGCCCCGGGGCGGCGCGCGCCGCGGCCGUGGCGUCUUCGUCGCAGCACACCAGCAGCGGGCACCCGGAGGGGGAGCUCUGGCUGGUGGUAGAGUACUGCGACGGCCGCACGCUUUCGGACGCCGCCCGCGACGGCCUCCUCGGCCGACGCGGCGCGCCCGACGCGCUGCGGCUGCUGACCGUGCUGCGCGGCGUGGCGGCCGGCAUGGCGUACCUCCACAGCCAAAACGUGGUGCACCGUGACCUCAAGGCCAACAACGUGCUGGUGACCGACUUUGGCCUGAGCCGCAUGAUGGGUGAGGGCCAGACACACCGCUCCACCAGGACAGUCGGCACGAUCACGCACAUGCCGCCGGAGCUGCUGCGGUUCGGCCAGCUCAGCGCCGCGGGUGACGUGUACGCCUUUGGCAUCAUCAUGUGGGAGGCGUUCACGGGGGAAAGCGCGUUCAAGGGCAUGCACUAUGGGGAGGUGGUGGAGCACGUGCUGCUGCGGGGCUCGCGGCCGCCGGUGCUGCCGGUCAUGCCGCAGGCCUACGCCAAGCUCAUGACGCGCUGCUGGAGCGCAGCGCCCGGGGACAGGCCGACCUUUGACACAGUGCUGCAGCCCAGCGACAUCCAGCCGGCGACCGGGGACGGCGGCGGCGCGGCGCGGGGCGCGCAGCCGCUCUAG